AUGGAAGUCGACAGCACCGAUAAUGCGGCCACCUCCGACGCUACCAAGGCAGCUCGACCCCGAUUCGAAAUCAAGAAAUGGUCGGCUGUUGCGCUGUGGUCUUGGGACAUCGUCGUGGACAACUGCGCCAUCUGCCGCAACCACAUCAUGGACUUGUGCAUCGAGUGCCAGGCCGACCAGUCGAAGAGCACCACCGAUGAGUGCAACGUGGCCUGGGGAUCAUGCAAUCACGCCUUCCAUUUCCACUGCAUCUCGCGUUGGCUGAAGACGCGUCAAGUCUGUCCUCUCGACAACCGCGAUUGGGAGUUCCAGAAAUACGGUCAC